AUGUGCCCUUUACAGCCAUUUCCAUACCUCCAAAUCAACUCCCGGGUGACCGCAGUUUUCCUGCUGGUCACGUUUUUGGGGAGCCGUGCGGAUCCCUGCAGCGCGGCCCGUCCCGGGCCCGUCUCCAGGAGACGCUCCCCAGGAGAAGCAGGGCCGGCCCGGGGGUCCCUCCGUGCAGCUUCACUCCGUCCUGAUUUCACAGCACGUUCCCCGCUUUGGGGACCACAUCCCGGCAGUCCGUACCCGAACCGAGCCGCAGGAGCGGGCAGGACAUGGUCCCGGUCCCCUCCUCCGGCAUCCCGGGGCUGCUCCGGCUCACCGGAGCAUCCUCGGCAUCCUCCUCCUCCUCCUCCUCCUCCUCAGCGCCGCACGGCCCGGCCGGCUCCUGCAGCCCCGUGUGCCCCUCACAGCCCCGCGUCCCCUUCACAGCUCCCCCUGCAGCGCAGGGAGCCGCCACGCGAGGGCGCCGCAGCCCCGCCGCGCUCCCGCAUCUCCCGGGCAUCCCGCUCCCGGCUCCCUGCGGCUCCGGGAAUUGGCCUUUAG